UCCACCACUCUCACUCAGCCUCAUAAACCACGCGCCACCGUUUCCAUGGCAGAUCGCGGUCGUCCACAGCCUCACCAAGUCCAAGUCCAUCCCAACGUCCACCAGCAGCACCGCCACGAUGUCGGCGGCGGAGUCAAAUCUCUCCUCCCUCAAAAAGGCCCCUCCACCGGCCAAGUCCUCGCGGUAGUCACCCUCCUCCCAGUAACAGGCACCCUCCUCGGACUAGCUGCCCUCGCACUCGUCGGAAGCUUCAUCGGACUGGCGGUCGCCGCCCCUCUAUUCGUGAUAUUCAGCCCCGUUUUGGUCCCCGCCGCCAUCCUAGUCGCCGGAGCAGUGACGGCGUUCUUAACGUCGGGGGCGUUCGGGCUGACGGGGCUGUCGUCUCUGACGUGGGUGUUGAACUCGUUCAGGCAGGCAACAGGGCAAGAGCCGCUGGAGUACGCGAAGCAGCGCGUGCAGGAAGGUACUGUGUACGUCGGCGAGAAGACAAAGCAAGUCGGCGAAACUAUCAAGAGUACCGCCCAGGAAGGUGUCACUACUACUACUGGCCGCACAGCUUAGAAGAUGCGUGCGCGCGCGUGCAUCAUAUGCGCGUGGUGGCUGAAUCUUAAUUUCUAUUUUGAAUAUGUGUUUUUUUUUAUUUAAUACUUGAUAGUGUUCGAGUGUGUCUUGUGUUGGUGCAUCGGUGAAUAUCUGUACGUGUAACAUUUGGAAAUUUUAAUGUGUAUUGAUUGUGUUUCAUUUUCUGCUAAUAAUCAAAUCAAUGGUUGUUUUACAU